GCGACAACUAGAGGCAAUGUCUUUGCAGUGAUGUGUUGUCAGCCAAUGCCGUCAUAAAAAAACUUUGCUACUGAUUUCAGAGAGACAGAAAGAAACCAGAUUAGAUGGACACAGAUAACUGGCUCACGAAACUGCGUUUUUCAGACAUGUGGCACGGGUUUACAUCUCCCUUAUCUCUACUGCGUAAAUAAGUUUACGAAAUGGACUACGUUUAGCCAAAAGAACACAAGAGCGUGUUUCGCGACGCGAUUUAACCAGCAUUCGAAGCACUCUUGGAAAAGACGCCGCCACAUGCAUAGACAUCUGUUAAAAAACCUGCGGACUGAAGACUCGGAGGACCGGGUGUAUUUGGUCUUUGUGUACAAACACAGAUCUUCUCCAACCACGACGCACUUCUGUUUUAUUGAUGCGCCCGUUCCAGUGGUGUAACGGGUCCCUCUGCAGUUUGGGGCUGAUUUACUCGAAUAAGUCUUGCGCAAUGCCACCCAUCACCUUCCAGGACCUGCCUCUGAAUAUCUACAUGGUCAUCUUUGGGACGGGAAUCUUCGUGUUCGUGCUCAGCCUCAUCUUCUGCUGCUACUUCAUAAGUAAACUGAGGCACCAAGCCCAGAGUGAGAGGUUUGGAUACAAAGAGGUUAUAUUCAAAGGGGAUACCAAGAAAUUAAAUCUCCAUGGGCAGACAUGUGCUGUUUGCCUGGAGGAUUUCAGAGUGAAAGAUGAGCUGGGAGUGUUGCCAUGCCAACAUGCCUUUCACAGGAAGUGUCUGGUGAAGUGGCUGGAGGUACGGUGCGUGUGUCCCAUGUGCAACAAACCGAUUGCAGGCCCCCCAGGACAGCGCCACAGCCUGGGGACAUUGCUUGAUGAGCUGGUGUAGGGAACACUGUCUGUAUGUGGUGUUACAAGAUAAAUUGAACAAAUACACACAUAUACAUACACAUAUAUAUAUAUAUAUAAAACAAAACUCUCUGGACAGUACAAGGAGCUCUCUUGGCCAUGAUGACAUGUGUCUCCUCCAGGAGUAAGCUAUCAAGUUUAAAGCCAAAAACGAAAAAUGGGAAGUUAAGCUGUCUAGAGAACUUGAUAAAAGGAUCUGGACUUACAGCUCUGCUGACAGUGAGGGGGACGGAUGGAAAUGUACAAGAUUAGACUGCAGUGGAGCACAAAAUGGUUGAAAAUGCAGAUUCUCUUUGAUGCUUGUUGUUGAUUUUUGACAACACGUCUGGUGUGGAGUGGAUGUGGAAUCUGGGCACAGCUGAUCAAAAGAGACCUGACCUUUGACCCCAGGCUCCUAAGCAGACACUUGGAAAGACCGUUGGUUCCUCUACCAAUAUGAAAUGGAUAGCUCUGUAUGUUCGAGUGAAUUAUAUGUAAACAUCAGAUACGCCAUUUGAGUUGCUUAUCAAGAUCUUUUUUUUUUAAAGGAAACAUUCCAAAAAUUUUGAAUUUUUUAGACUGUUAUAUAUAAAAUGAAAAACGAAGCACUUACAACACAACCAGUAUUUCUCUCCUAGUGGGAGACACACAGCCUGUCUUCACAGUUACCUGGGGUGCCUUCAGAGGGAGUUCUGGGGUCACAUGCAAA